GUCACGUGGCGAUUUCCCAAGCGGAGUUUCCACGACAGCUGGAAGCCGAGCGGGUAAAAGGCGCAUCGCUUCUUUCCUGAAAUAAUCGGAAAAUAACACGACUUCUGCUCGUCCCAGCUCCUCCAGAUAAACCCUGGUCUGGCAUGGGCGACAAGCGGAGCCCCACAAGGCCGAAGCGUCAACCGAAGCCCUCCUCCGACGAGGGGUUUUGGGACUGCAGCGUGUGCACCUACAAGAACACGGCAGAGGCUUUUAAGUGCAUGAUGUGUGAUGUGAGGAAGGGGACGUCAACAAGGAAGCCUCGUCCCGUCUCCCAGCUCGUCUCCCAGCAGCAAGUAACGCAGCAGUUUGUUUUACCAUCACAGCCCAAAAAGGAAAAGAAGGAGAGGGUCGAGAGGGACAAGAGUGAAAGAGAGCCAGCACCCAAGAAGAACAGCCACAAGAAGAUGAGGCCAAGAUUAAAAAAUAUUGACCGGAGCAGUGCCCAGCAUCUGGAGGUGACAGUUGGAGACCUCACGGUCAUCAUAACAGACUUUAAGGAGAAGGCCAAGCCCUCGUCCACAUCCACUCCUUCCUCCAGCUCGGCCUCGUCGGCCGACCAUCACAGCCAAAACGGCUCCGGCUCAGAAAACACGGAAAAGAGCCUUUCCCACUCUUCCGUAUCCCGAGGAGAGGGAAGCUCAGUAAACGGGGAGUCCCUCUGAUUCCCCCCCAACACCUCACAGGAAACCUGCGUCUCCAGGGCCCUCUCCAUUGUCACUAGUGGAAAAACUUUUUGGGUGGGAAAGGACGAUGUUUUGAAAAUUCUGUUUUUGAAAGGUAAGAUUUGUUGUUUAGACACCCAAAAGAUUCUCCACAACAUUACGAAGACAUGUUUUGCUGAACUGACAAAAGUCUGCUGCUGGAAUAUGGACUUCCAAAAAGUUUGGUCCUAAUGAAGAACUUAUUAAAACUUGGGACAAACUUUGGACAGAGCACUCGAUCACCUUGAGUUGAGAUUUAAGGUUUCUUGUAAGAACUGCACAGUCCUACUGUUAUCAUCAUCAUCAUGGUCAGCAGCUUCUUCAAUCCCAACCUGGAGAUUUCCGGUUUAAAAACUCAAAGCAUGAGCUUUCUCUGUCUCACCAGCGACUCUCGAACCCUACAGCGAACCUUUACCGUUGAUCUGGAAGCUUCUUUCUAGCACAACUGUUUAUUGCAAAAUACCUACAGGAGAUUUGGUAAUGAAAGCAUGAUUGAAUAUGUAAAAGUCGGGUGAAAGUCACACUGAUCUGAAAGGUAAAACCUGGAGUUGAACAAUGUUGCAAACAAUCUGCUUUUUUCCUCUCUACAGAGAGAGAAAGUCAAUACAAGGUGUUGUAGGGACUCCCUUCACUAGACACAUCAAGACCUAAAGUACAUUUGUACUUUGAAUCUCAGAGUAGAAACAUUCCAUCAGGAUGCCUGUUAUGCUGCCACUUUUGUUUUUUUUGUUUGUUUUUUAAACAUUGCUAUAGUAAGAAGUCAACAUCCACUCACGAUCAUGAAUAUCACAUUCAUUUUGGGCUUUGUGAUUAGAAUACAAAAUAGAGGUUUUAAGAAGUUGAAGUAUUCAGAGGUAGUCCUUCUUUUCUGCCAGUCCCACUCACAUCAAAACAUAAACGGAGCCUCAACAUGAUGCUUCCUCCACCUUUCUUGACAAUUGGUACUGUAUUUUUUCCUCCAAGCUUACUUCUUGUCAUUGUGACUAAAAGGUUUCUUAAUUCUCUAGGACUAUAAAGCUAUCCCAAACACACAUCAAGCCUCGUUUUGGAAAAGUUACCUCGACAUUUCUGAAUGGUAACCCAAAGCCUUGACCUCUACCUUAGCAAACAUAUCUAGAUUAAGAUUGAACCUCUAAAAUUCACACUUGGCCUGUGAAGAGUGGAUGCAAACUUCUUACUGCGGAGCCGGCAUGAAUCGUACGUCACAGCGAAGGCAUUCCCUGAUGUCAGCCUCUUUCAGCACCAUGACAGUCCUUGUGAAUCUUCUGGGGAAUGUGGCGACUGGUCGAGGUGCUGACUCAGCCUCUGAUUCCACUCGUUUUUGGCCAGCUGCCUCCACCUUGAUGCACUACACCAGUCUAAAACUUCGUUCGUGCUCCUCCCCCCGCCCCCUCAACCUUUUCUCUACAAAAAUUUAAUAAACUGUUAACAUUCAUAAUGAUACACCAGGGAUCCUACUUGUCAAAUUCCCUAAGAUGGAGAUUUAUAUUUAUAGACACAUAUUCUAAAGACUGGAGAUGUGCAAAUAUGCAACAUUUUUGUGCUUUUCUUGAACUGGAGCUCGUUUCAAACCAGGGUUACUGUUAAAAGUCGCUGAUCGCACAAGAGGAGGAAGAUACAUCAGCUAAGUGUAAAAGGUGGUAAAGUGACUGAAGCUGUAAAUGACUCCAGUAUGCUUCUUGCAACCCGUGUGAUCUGCAGAGAGGGCUCAAGUCCUUGUGAAAAAGCACAAGAAGCCCAUUUUUACCACUUGACGCAAGACGCGAGAGAAAAAUAAGAGUGGACUUCCCGACACGAACUUUGACAAAGCGAGGACUUCAGAAACUGAGAAGCUUUAGAGGACAAUAAUCUCCAGCAGAACCACCACAGAUGAACUCCACCGUAACCUCUAAGACCUGUAGAAUAGUUGAACAGAGAAAAUAGCUUUCUAUAAUAUUCUACUACAAUGUUUGGAUGUGGUUAUAUUCAUCAUAUCAGUGUUGUCGAGAUUUUUACAUUUUAGCUCACAGCCAGAGAAGUGUCACAGCAUGAUAUUAUUAAAGUCUUGAUAUAUUGUGGAAAAGGCAGCGUCUCUUAGUUGUUAGGACUGUUUCAUGUGUCCAUUGCAUCCACCACUCUAGCUGGGACUAGGUGUGUGAACUCAAAGAUUCAUUUGUGGCAAAAAUGGAAAGAAAUUGCAACUGUAUCACUUAUUGGUAGUGGGUUUUUUUUGGUUUUUUUUAAUUAUUAUCAUUCGUCAUGCUUUACCAUGCUCCUUUGUUUAAACUGUGUUGUUUAUUAUGUGUCUAAAGAAACUUACCAAAUUAAAAACAAGAAAAACUCGUCUUGCGUAUUGUACACACACACACCCAGCUAUUAUUUCAGACAUGCAAGUGCCUGUAGGCCCCAGCCUUCUUUUUCUUUUUCUUUUUCUUUUUUUUUUUUCCCAACUUGGCUACCGGACUGGGAAUAACUAUUACUGCUUCUGUUUUCCUCACAAUACACGAAAGAUCAGUUUUCAUCAAAACAAACAUUGCUCAGUCUCAGGGCAGAUGAGAGAACUCCAAAGCACAGCAAGCUCAAGUAAACAUUCGUUUUAUAUAUUUUUGUGUACUUAUAUUUUCACAACUUUUGAUCAAAAUGUCUUUUGUUUUAACGCACCUGUAUCGAUUGUCGAUGCAAUUUUCUCCGAACUUAAUGAUAAUUCAAUUGACCUUCAAGUCCGUCUGUCAAACGUACCCCACUCAUUGAGAGCAACUCUCUUAAAGCCAAACUGAAUGAGUCCUUUCAGGGAACCCUAUUCAUUUUUCGCUCCCACCCUUCCCCCUCCAGAGGGUCUCCACUGGGGAGCGGUUUCAGGUUAAACACCGCGAGAACAGAAGAUCUUCUUCCACUGUUCCCCUUCAGAAUAAAGGCAUGUGAGCCAAAAGCUGAAGUGAGUUUUAGUUGAGUAUUAUAAGAGUAAAAAAAAAUCUGACUUUUCAAGCCGUUCAAAGUUGACCAUUCCUGAUCACUUUGUCGAUAACCACCAGGAAGAGAAUCAAGAGAUUGUGACUCUUCUAUAAAUUUUCUGAUUUAAGCGUCUUUUUUUACUUGCAUUAGAAAAAAAGAUGCAUUUGGAAUUAAAACUAGCAAACAUCUAACAAUUUAAAAUAAUGAGCAACACAGGAAGUACAGUUGCGAGGGUUAGUAAUUGAACAUCUGAGAUAAAGAAAUUUAAAAUCUUUGAACAUCAGUAAUAGAAGAAAAUAUGAUACAAUCAUUUACAAUGUUUACCGAAAUUAAAAUAGUAAUUAAUACAAUGUAUGUUGUGCUUAGUGUUUGUAGAUUGUAUUAUUUUUAUGUUUUUGUGGUGUAACAGAUACCUGUUGUAAAUUAGACAGACUCAAGAGCUUUUUCCUGUAUAAAUAAAGGAUUGUAUAAAUAAAAUCUACAAAUG